AUGUGCAAUCUUAUACUCUCUUUGUUCAUCUUUAUGUUCGGUCAUUCGUCCCUGGAAGUCUCGGCUCAACCUCCGGCUCCACCUCCAGCUCAACCUCCUCACGCUCUAGUUACAUCCCUCCACAAGGACCCCAACACUUCCCUCCACACCAUCACCGUCACCCUAAACCCUUCCGACCAAUAUCUUGUCGACCUCGAUGGCCCUAUCAUCUGGAACCGAUGCGAUUCGCAGCAUUAUACGUCCUCCAUUGAAGAUCCCAUGUGCUCGACCGCUCGCAGUUACAUGUCUCCGCUAUGCCCCGAGACGAACAACACGUAUAGCUACAUUUGCUAUGACACACCUGUGAACCCUAUCACAGGGUCAUGUGCCCUAUCUUAUUUGACUCGCAAUACUUUCACAAUACAUUGGACCUACGGUAGGUCUCUGUCUGAAUACAGCAUGGAGUACAACGAACGGGCCGUGUCAUGUGCACCAUCGUCUCUCUUGCAGUCUCUUCCAGAACAAGCAAUUGGUGUCGCUCCGUUGUCAUGGUCCCCUCUCUCUUUACGAGAUCAAUGCUUCCCUCCUUUCAAUCUUGCCGCAAGGAAAUUCUCCCUUUGCCUCUCGAGCUCAAGUGACCAUCAAGGGGUGUUUUUCAUCGGCGAUGGUCCAUACUAUCUUGAACCUCCCGCAAACUUUGAUGCUUCUAGUGUACUUUCCUUCACUCCAUUGAUAAAGAGUCCAACAAAGCUGGGAUAUUUUAUCAACGUUACAGGGAUAUCGAUCGAUCAACAGGCCAUUAAAGUUCCAGCGAAUGCGUUUGCGCUCGAUGUAAAUGGAGGUGUGAAGCUCAGUACUACAGUGCCCUACACUACCCUAAGGAGGGACAUUUACAGUGUCUUUGUAAGUGAAUUCAAGAAGGCUCUGAAAGGCAUCCAUCGAGGGAAGAGGGUCAGUCCGCUCGACUUUUGCUUCAUGAUGAAUGUUACACAACAGAAGGCGGACUCGAGCAUUCCUCGAAUCGAUCUAGCGCUAGGAGAUGGAGGGUACUGGACUAUUCACGAAUCUAAUUUACUGAAACAAAUGGACAACGAUGUGGCGUGCUUGGCAUUCAUCGACGGCGGAAACACGGCGGAGCAUGCCAUAGUGAUUGGGACGCACCAAAUGGAGAAUAUAAUGCUGCAAUUUGAUUGGGCUGACUCAAUAUUGGGAUUCAGUUCCGCCUUGUCCUCCUACGGGAGCUCAUGUGGUAACUUCGAUUUCACCGUUCGUCCUUGA